UAUUAGUAGAAAAUUAAAUACGUGUAGGGCAAUUAAAAAAAAUAUCUAUAUUUUAAAAAAAUUUGUAUGGACCCAACACCAUAGACAGAAGUGAAAAAGGAGGAGAAGAAGGGAAACUAGAGCAGAGGAGAGAACAGAAAGAGAGAGCCAAAACAAAAGUAACAACAAGUUCAAUAUGUUGUAAAGGGUGAGGAAGGUAUGAUAAUAGUUUGAUGGAAUUUAGUUGCUGGAACAGAAGGAUAGACAGAGACAUAAGAAAAGAAAGUAGAUUAAGGAGAGAAGUAAUAAAAGAAGAAACAAAGAGAGGAGAGAAAGCGUCCUGAAUUUGACUGGGAUAAGACUAAGAUUACUCUUGAGAGUAAAGUGCCAGAAUUACCAGCUCAUGCACCUUAAAAACCAAAUAAGGAAGAGUAUUACAAAUAAUUAGAUAAGAUUGAUGAAGAUAUCAGAAAGCAAUGGAAUCAUUUUGUAAUUGUUUUUAUAUUAACAUAUUAGAAUGAUUUUGUGAAGAAUGUAAAGGAAUAAUAAUAGAUGGCUAGAUAAGGUAAUCAAGAGAAAUUUUAGAAUGAAGUUAAACCAUUAGGAUAAGUAAUAGGAGAUAAGAUUAAAUUGGUGAGUGAGAAAUAAAAAGAAUUAAAAAGUAUGAAGGUUGAUAAUGAUGAGAUUAAAGAUUAAAUUAAUAAACUAUUUAACUAAGCUUAAGAAUAUAGAUAGAAGAUGAAGAGUUUAGAUGAUCCAGAUAGAAUAAUAGAAGAAAUGGCUAGAUUAAAGGAAUCACUUUAAUAAGAUAAGUUGAGUGCAAAUGAAGAAAAGAGAAUAGUAUAAUAAGUAAGUGCUUUAGAAAGAUCACUUCCGUAUAUUGAACCAUUGUAGAAAUUAGAAAAAGAAUAGAAGGCUUUAAGAAUUAAAUCAGCAGCUAUAGGAAAAGCUAUGAAUACUCUUUAUUAAAGUAUUUAAGAGUUAAAUACCGAAAUUAAUUAAUAUAAGGCUGAUUAUGAUAAAUUAAAGGAUAGUACUAAAGAUUCAGUAGUCACUAAAUAAAAUCCAUUGAUUGAUAAAGAAAGAUAAAUAAUAGAAGCUAAAGUUUAGGAAUUGAAAGAAAGAAAAGAAAAAAUGAAGAAAGAUUAUAAUAGUAGUUGGGAUAAAUAUGAAGAUUAUGAAGAUUUAUAAAAAUAUAGAGAAUGGUUCUUAAAAUAAAUUAAUAGAAUAAAGAGAGAUUCUGAGAAAAAAAAGAAGGAAGAAGAAAGAAAAAAGAGAGAAGAAGCAAGAGCUAAAAGAGAAGCUGAUAGGGAAGCAGAAGAGAAAGCUGAAGCUGAAGCUAAAGCUAAAGAAAUGGAAAAUGUUAAUCCAUUUUAAUAUUAAGUUGGUAUAUAUUUAAAUUUAAUAAUUAGAUCUUUGUGAUACUUUAAUAACAUAUUGUAAUAAACUAAGACCUACUGCUGCAUAAUAAUAAGCAUAAUAAUAAAAAUAAAUAGAUAUUGAAUAAGUUUUAAAGAGUGAUGAUUGGAAAAAAGAAAAAUGUACAGUUAUCAAAAAAGAUAAUUAAGAUGAUAUCUAUAAUUUUAGUCAAUUAAAAUCAAAAAAGAAGAAUAAGGUAUUUAUUAUAUUUUAAUUUAGUAGUAACCAUAAUAAUAAAAAGACGUGAAAGAGGAGAAAAAAGAUGAUAAACCAAGUAUCUUAUAACAUGAUUUGUAAACUCUCUAAUUCUUCGAUACAGUUAAAGUGGCAACUCCAUUCUACAUCACUGAGCUUGACAAAGUUGUCAAGAGCAUUUAGGAGCGUAAGGAGUAUUAUUUGAACCGGGAAAACUGGGGCAAAAAAGAAGAAGAAGAGACACAAACUGAAGUAUCUAUCUCAAAUAUUAUUUAGGAAUCAAAAGCCAAGAAAUAAAAGAAGGCCUAAAACUAAGAUGAGUUCCCAGCCUUAUAAUGAAGUGCGUAUAUAUAUAUUACAUAAAUGGUACAUAUCUAAUCGAAU